AUGAUAAUCGAUGUUAGUUUAUACGAAAAAAUUCACUACUGUUUUUUCUGUCUUGGAGUGCUAUGCCUUCCCUUGAACGUCUACGGUCAUCGUGCCAUUCGAAAAGCGACACCGAAGAGAAUGCAAAGCUAUCGUUAUUGCUUAUCCGGAUAUCAGAUUUGUUGCCUGUCGUUUGAUCUCUUUGCAGCCACAUCCAUCACUCCGAUCGCGUGUUUCCCAGCGAAAUGCGCUUUUUCAUUGGGAUUAGCUAGUUUUUUGGGAAUCUCGUUGACAUUUCAAGGUGUUAUUGCUUGUUUCUGGAUCAGUUUAAUGCUUUCUUUUCUGGGUUUGGCCAUUCUUCAGCGUCAACAAUCGAUUCUCCCCGACGAUCAUUGGCUUUCAUUCAGUGCUUAUCCGAAAUUUCAAUAUUUUAUCGGAUUUCUGUUCCUUUUUGUGCAUCCAAUCACUCCGGCUUCGAUCUUUGCCUAUUUUCUUGUGACAAGUGAUGUGCCGAGAGGAGUCCGAGAAGCUUUGCAGGACUAUCCAGCUUUGGUGAAUUGCAUUUUGCAACCAACCGCCUUUUGUAUGGACUCCUCGUGGAAACCAUUCAACAUUUACCCACCACCACUUUUCUACUUUUCCUUUAUCCUCUUCGUUUCUGGCUUGCUCAUGGUGCCGACCUACAUGAGCCUUUACCAACAACGCAAAAUCAUGAGCGCCAAAACGUUGAAACUACAGAAAAAGUGGCUGUACAAUUUGAAUGUUCAGUUUGGCGUGUUCUCGAUGGUUUUCGUUGUGCCGGUCACCUGGUUUGGACUUGUUUUCUUCCUCUCAAUCGAUGAUAUUGCCGGUCUCAACAUCAUCCCGACAAUUAUGGCUUCUCUGCACGGGACAAUAAACACGAUCGUCCUGUUCACUCUUUAUGAAAGCUAUCAGAAAUUCGCGAUUGAUGAGUUACGAGAAGUUCUCCGAGAAAUUCGACGAUUGUUUUUUCUUCUCUUUUUUAAAAGUCGAAAAACUGAAGACAUCAGAAACAAUCGUCAACAUUCGCUUCACACCUCUGUCGUCUCGGUUUUAAGUGAUCGACACUGU